AUGGACACCAUUCUAGAUCAAAUCCGGGCACUAAAUGCCAUCGCAAAUGCGAACGAGCGACAGCACAUCCAAGAACAGCUUCGAGACGUACAACGCGAGAUUGCCUCCAACUUUGAUCUAGUCUGGGGCUUAGGAUCCGGUCACAUGCAGUGGGCGCUCAUACAAAUUGGUUUUGAUCUCGGUAUAUUUACAACGCUUUCCACCAACGCCAACCCAACCGGCCUACAACAUUUCCUCGAUGCAACCGGUGCAUCGCCGACAUUGCUCGCUCACAUCCUUCGGUCCAUGGCUUCUUUUGGCUUCAUUGUUGAGACGGAGAGAGAUACCUUUACCGCCAACCGUAUCACGAAGGCGCUUGCCCACCCCGAUGUCGUUGGUGCCAUCCCGCAUGUCACCCAUCUCCACGCUCUGACCGCCCAAGUACUGCCUCGCUAUCUACGCGAGCACAACUACCAGGCCAUGACUAACACCAAGGAUCUUCCCUUCCAUUUGGCUCUCGGUACAGACCUGCCGCCUUUUGAAUGGAUGAAGCAGCAUCCCGAACAUAUGAAAGCGUUAGGUCACGCAAUGAAGAUCGAGCGAAUGCAUAGCUGGGUCAAGUCUUACCCUAUUGAGACAACUAUCGGCGAGUUCGAAGCGGCGGCUGACUCUGCACUCCUCGUCGACGUUGGUGGUGGCUUCGGGCAACAAGCUGUGGCUUUCAAGACGCAGAUACCGUCCAUCUCAGGCCGUAUUGUGGUCCAGGAUGUUGCCUCAACAUUGGCUUACGCACCCGCAAUCAAUGGCAUCGAGUUUCAGGAACACGAUUUCUUCACGCCACAGCCUAUCAAGGGUGCGAAGUUCUACUAUCUCCGACACAUUCUGCAUGAUUGGACCGACGAGGACAGCGUUUGCAUCCUUCAAAAUCUCAUCCCUGCUUUGGCACCAGAGUCGCGCAUCGUGAUCGACGAGGUAGUUCUGCCAGAUACCAACGUGCCUUGGCAGUGCGCGUUCAUGGACCUGACGAUGUCUUCCUCGCUGGGAGGGUGCGAGCGUAGUAGAGAUGAAUGGGACAACCUCUUAGGUCGUGCUGGUCUUCGGAUUGUGGAGGUGCACACCUACGAUGAUGUUAGGAAGCACAGUGUCAUUAUCGCCAUGCCAAAGAAGCGGGUAUACUAA